AUGCUCAGGUUCGCUGGUCUGUUGGUACUGCCACAGUGCGUGUUUAACACGCUGGGUCUCACGAUGUACAACGCGUUCGUCGAGCGGGUGCCGUUGAAAAAUUCGACCCUGUUUGCGCCGUUCGUCUGCAUUCGCGUUGUCACCAAGGGCAAUUACCCUCAGCUGAUCGCAGACAACUUGGCCAAGAACAUCGACACAUGCUUCAGGGUCGGCAUGGAGCACUUUAUGGUCGACGUUGUGACUGACAAGGCGUUGCACUUACCUCGGAAUAGUCGCCUGCGCGAGAUCGUUGUGCCAGCGUCGUACGAGACGAAGUCACGGGCGAUGUUCAAAGCACGAGCGCUGCAGUACUGCCUUGAGGACGAGGUGAACGUGUUGCGCGACGACGACUGGAUUGUGCAUCUGGACGAGGAGACGCUAUUGACCGAAAACUCUGUUCGCGGCAUUCUCAACUUUUGUGUCGACGGCCAGCACCAGUUCGGCCAGGGCUUGAUCACCUAUGCCAAUGGUCACAUCGUCAACUGGCUGACCACCCUUGCCGAUUGCUUCCGCGUCGCAGACGACAUGGGCAAGCUUCGAUUUCAGCUGUACGCUCUCCACCGUCCUCUGUUCGGCUGGAAAGGAUCGUUUGUCGUUACCCAAGUCGGUGCUGAGCGACGGGUGUCGUUUGACCACGGUCCAAACGGUUCGGUGGCCGAAGACUGCUAUUUCUCCAUUGCCGCCUACCAAGACGGCUUCUCGUUCAACUUCAUCGAAGGCGAAAUGCACGAACGGUCACCGUUCACCGUGUCUGACUUUCUACAACAGCGCAAGCGCUGGAUUCAGGGCAUUCACUUAGUUGUGCACAGUUCAGAACUAGCUUGGCGGAAGAAGAUAUUUCUUGCCAUGUCGUUUUACGCGUGGCUGACGAUGCCGUUGACACUCAUGAACCUAUUCUUAGGAUAUUUACUGCCUCUGCCGCCAAUGCCGGUGUUCGACUUUCUCCUGGCAUACGUUGGAGGUGCAAACCUGUACUUGUACAUAUUCGGCGUAUUUAAGUCUUUCCACAAAAAGUACAGUCAUCGGCCGUGGAAACUGUUGUUUUUCUCUGUUGCCGCCAUCUUUGUCAUUCCGUUCAAUAUUCUGAUCGAGGCGGUCGCCGUUAUUCUAGGCAUGUUCAGUAGGAAGUAUCAAUUUUACGUGGUGAACAAAGACCCAGUCACGCAUGUAGUCUGA